UCCAUCCUAAAUCGUCUGCUUUAGAACGCGUCUGUAAGCCAAUGACAGAUUUCGUUUCAUAUGAAACCAGCUCUGUCAUUGGCUUGCUUAUUCAGCUGUUUGCCAUCUAAAUGCGUUCUAUAUUAUUUAUUUACUAUAAACGUUUUCUAUAUUAGAGGGAAAAUAUUACUAGAAAAUUUUCUUUCGGUAUUAUUUCUAUAAAAAUAGAAACUUUCUUUUGAAUUCUGACGUAAAAUUUCUAUAGCUUCGAAUGGAUUUGUAUUUUAAUACGAUUUUAAUGUGCUGGAGCGAUUCUAUUUUCUGUAAGAACAAAGUUUUUUGAAGAGCUAUGGAUUAUGAAAGUGUUGAAAUUAUGAGCAGGCAGCUGGGUCGCAGAAUUGUAGCAGAGAUAAUUGAACGAUGUAAACAACAUAAUGAAGAUGUCACUGAAGAACUAGCAUUUUUUAUAAUUCGAAUUGUUUCAACUGAUCCAGAUUACACCAAUUGCAUAAGAAAUGAUAUGUUACCAGAAGAAGAAGAAAAUUUAAUUAAACAUUGCUGUGAUUUGCUGUUAUCUAAGAAAAAUCCAAGUAUUGAUACGAUGAAGAUGCAAGUACAUUAUAAAAUUAUGUAUAAAAAUAGAGAUGAAUUUUUAACAUCUCAAUCAAAAGGAAUCAAAAAGAAAUCUAAAUCAUUCUUUUCGGAUGUUUUAAAGGUUGCUUUAUAUACUGCAGUUGACUUUCGUGAAUUAGAAUAUGCAAUAGUAUCAUAUUUUCUUGUAAAAAGUGGUAUUGGAUUACAUUGUGAUAGAAAAUUAAAGCAAGAAUUAAUUGAAAUCUUAAAGGGGAUUUUACCACCAACAGAAUUAAGAAUAUUUAUCUCAAUGGAAGAAGAAAUGAAAAAAGAACAAUUAGAUCUCUUAUCACAGGUUACAGUAGGAAUUGGAAUAUAUAAUGGAAGAUACAAAAAUAGCAUUCUUAAAAUUGAUAAUGUUAUCAAUAACUUAAAAGAAACAAUACCUGUGUUUUCAAACAAAUUAACAUCAGAACUUCAAAAAAGUAAAAAAUUUUCUGAAAAGUUAACAUCUAUACUGGAAGACUAUACUCUGAAAUCAAAUAAGGAAAAAUGGUCAACAAAAAUGAUUGAAAUUUUAGAUUUGCUGAUUGAAGUGUUGAUUAAUAUCCAUCAAUAUGAAGUAUAUCUAACUACAUUCUUGAAAGAAACUGAUAUAAGUAAUAAAAAAACUCAAGAAUUUUCUGAAGAGUUGGAAAAUACCAUGUUUCAUCUUCAUCAGAUCAUAACUGCAACUGCUGAGCCUAUUCAACAAUGUUUGCCAUCAUUUAUUCUUUUAUAUAAGAUUUGGUUAAAUAUGCAAGAUGAAAUAACAUAUUUAAAUAUAUUAUCCACACUUGCAAAUAAUAUAUUCAGAUGUGUAGAGAAUUCUCACAAAUUAGUGAAUGAUGAAAAAUUAGAAUAUCUAAUUGAAAAUUUUGAAAAAGUGCACGAAGUAAAAACAUUUCCACAAACUGAAGAUAUAUCUGAUUCAAUUUCUGCAUCUAAAAAUACUGUCAUUUAUUUUCCUGUAUCUAUUAGCAACUUUUCAAAAAUGCAGUUACAGUUUGGUGGCUAUUGUCCGUGGGCAAUUUGUUACAGAGAUGGAGCUUUGUUACCAGCAAAUAGAGAGUUAGGAGUCAUUAUGUUCAAAAAUGAAUAUUAUGGAUUCUGCAAUAGAGAAGGACGUAACGAGUUUUUGCAUAAUCCUGAUUCAAUGAUAGCAGGUGUUGUAAUGGUAGCCAAAAAACAUCCAUCUUUGAUAUUGUUUUUACAUUUAAACAGUCGAUUUAUUCUUCCAUUUUUAAAUCAUGAGUCAAUUGAAAAAGAAAAACCAGUAUUUACUUCAGAAUGUGAAACUCAAACUGAAAGUAGUUUAAUCAGAAAAGUUAAAUCUCCAAAAUAUAAGUGGAAUGAAUGGGAUUUCAGAAGAGAAGCUUUACAACUUGCAAAUCUGCAGAAAAAGCAGACCCAUUCUACACAGAGUGAACAAAGUUAUUUUUGCCGCGACAACUGUACCCAGACUUUUCCACCUAAAGAUAAUUUCUGUCAGACUAAACGAGACAAUUCAACAACAAUGAGUAAAUAUUCUUUAAGUAACCAUCUUCCUCUGUGAAUAUAAAUAAUAAACAAACAGAUUAUUCUCUUCAAAUAAAUUUCUAUUGAAAAUUGUCAAAAUUUGUUAAACAAUAAAUAAAAAUAAAAAGUCUUUUACAAAUGA